AUGACUGCGGUCACGUGCCGGGUCCAGUUCCUGUUGGACCAGGACCCCUUCAUCUGUACCAACUUUCCAGAACCUCGGCGGCCACCCGCGCUCGACGUGGACCAGGACGCGCCGCUCAGUCAACUCAUUCCUGUCGUUCACAGACUGUUGGACGCGCCCCUCAAGUUGGAGGAGUGCACGCUGCAGACGUGUCCUUACGGCAACUACUUGGACUUGGACUCGUCGCUGUCGGAGCAACGGGAUGAACUGGACGACUUCUACCAGGAUGUCGCGAAGGGGAAGAAGCCCAUCUUGAUCCUGAGGACACAUUUGUCGGUGCGAGUCCACGCCAUUCUGGAAAAGCUGUACAACAGUCACGGACCGGAGCUGCGCCGCUCGCUCUUUUCGCUCAAGCAGCUUUUCCAGGACGACAAGGACCUGGUUCCCGAGUUCGUGGCGUCGGAGGGUUUGACAUGUUUGGUCAAAGUGGGAGCCGAGGCCGACCACAACUACCAGAACUACAUCCUAAGAGCUCUGAGUCAGAUCAUGUUGUUCGUGGACGGCAUGAACGGCGUCAUCCACCACAGCGAAACCCUGGAGUGGCUCUAUGCCUUAACUGGAAGUCAGUCUCGUUUGCUGGUCAAAACGUCCUUGAAGCUCCUCAUCGUCUUCGUGGAAUAUCGAGAAUCCAACAGCCCCGUUCUCAUCGGCGCCGUCAACGCUGUGGAUGUGCGCAGAGGCGCGAAGCCGUGGUCCUACGUGAUGGACAUCCUCCACGAGAAGGGCGGUGACGGCGAGCUCCUGGUCUUCGCCAUGACGUUGGUCAACAAAACUCUGGCGGCGCUUCCAGACCAGGAUUCUUUUUACGACGUCACCGACUGUCUGGAGAGCCUCCGGAUGGAGGAGGUGGUCCGCGGGUUCCUGGCCGACGACAACGCCGGGGCCGACUUGCGGGCGCAGUUGACCAUAUAUGAGGCGGCGUUACGUCACGAAGAUGGAGAAAGCUGGGACUCAUCGGGGCCCGGGCGGAAAGAUCGUCGGAAGAAUCGGCGCUCGUCCGAUCACGGCUCGCCCGACGCUCCCUCUCCGCCUCUUUCUCCGCCUCCUUCCCACUCCCCGCCCACUCUCGGAAGCAGCGACGAGCAGGAGACCCCCAGGAGUCGCUCUUUCCUCAGCCACCGCAUGUCGUCUUUGAGCGUCAGCGGGAAGUCCAGACUCUUCUCCAAGGCAGGCGGAGGAGCGGCGGCGGACACGACCACUUCAGAUCAUCAGCCGAGCGCAGACAGGCUGUCGUUCAAGGGCAAGACGAUGCAUUUGUUGUUUUGCAGCCCGGACGAGUUUAACGUGAACGGGGACGACAAGCCCGUUCUGAGGAGGUUCGAAGACAACUUCCUGCGCAGUUUGGCCGCCUCCCAAUGGGAGAAAAGGAGGCGGAGUCAACACCUGAGCCUCUCCGAGCCGCCCGACGACGCCGUGCCCAAGGAGGACGGAGGAGAUAACAGAGAGAUUCCUGCUAAUGGUACGCCCGAGUCGGAGGAAAGCUCCGAGCCGCCGGAUCCAGCGGCGUCGUGCGGCGUUCGGCGUCAACUCAGUACGCUGUCUGAUGACAGGAAGUUCGUUCUGGACAUGCUCUUCUCCAAAGCGUCCGCCGGCGACGACGACGGGCAACAGGGAGGUCGGGCGUCGGAGCGCCUCUCUGACUCUGCGUCGGAGGAGGCGGGUCCUCCCGGCGAGUUGGAAGGAUCCACCGUGGCCGAAGAGCAACAGAAGCGUGACAUGGGUCAGCCGAGCAGCGUGGACGCCCAGGGUCCCACCCGGCGUCUGGAAAGCACCUCGCUAGGGCCUGUGGAUACGUGGGACCAACAGUUGAGUGGCGCCAGCCUUCGGAUUAAAGAUUUGGACUUCUCAGACCUCAUGGAUGAGGAGGACCUUGACGUCCUGGACACCACGGAUGCUGCCUUUUCUGCGCCUUUGGGGGGGCUCCCGCCUCCUCCGCCCCCACCGCCUGGGGUCCCGGCUCCUCCUCCUCUGCCGCCCGGAGUUCCUGUUCCUCCUCCUCCACCACCCGGACCUCCGGCUCCUCCACCGCCACCACCCGGACUUCUGGCUCCUCCUCCGCCGCCGCCACCUGGACUCCUGGCUCCUCCUCCGCCACCUCUGCCCGGUGGUUCAGCUACUCCCCCUGCACCUUGGGCCAAAUCGCCAUCAGGGACAAAGAAGAAAAAGACUGUAAAGUUGUUUUGGCGCGAACUGAAGCAGACGGAAGCACCGGCCAAGUGCCGCUUCGGACGGGGCACCCUCUGGGCCUCUCUGGACAAGGUCCAAGUGGACACGGGAAAGCUGGAGCACCUUUUUGAGUCCAAAGCUAAAGAGACGCCCAUUGCUAAGAAAGCACCGGAGACCAAAAAGUCUGAGAUCCUGGUUCUGGACUCCAAACGGAGCAACGCCAUCAACAUCGGGAUGACGGUCCUGCCCGCUGUUCACGUCAUCAAGAGUGCCGUCCUCAACUUUGACGACUUUGCCAUCAGCAAGGAGGGCGUGGAGAAGAUCCUGAGCAUGACCCCCACGGAGGAGGAGAAGCAGAAGAUUCGGGAGGCCCGCUUGGCCAAUCCUGACGUUCCCCUGGGGACGGCUGAGGAAUUCCUCUCGAGCCUGGCUUCUAUCAGCGCCCUGACCCCCCGCCUGCAGCUGUGGUCUUUCAAGCUCAACUACGAGACUCUCGAGAAGGAGAUUGCCGAGCCCCUGUUUGACUUGAAGUUGGGCAUGGAGCAGCUGGCCGGCAACCGAACCUUCAAGAAGAUCCUGGCCACGCUGCUGGCCGUGGGGAACUUUCUCAACGGUUCCGAGGCCGGCGGCUUUGAGCUGGCCUACCUGGAGAAGGUAGCGGAGGUGAAGGACACGGUCCACCGUCAAUCUUUGCUCCAUCACGUCUGCAGCCUGGUCACGGAAAGCGAGCCGCGCUCGUCCGACCUUUACUCCGAGAUCCCUGCUAUCACACGUUCUGCCAAGGUGGACUUUGAGCUUCUGGCAGAGAAUCUGCUCCAACUGGAGAGACGCUGCAAGGCAUCCUGGGAAAACUUGAAGGUGGUCUCCAAGCACGAGACCAAAAGCGCUCUGAAGAACAAGAUGGCCGACUUCCUGAAGGAUUGCACGCAGAGGAUCGUCAUUCUCAAAGUGGUCCACAGGAGAGUCAUCAACAGGUUCCGCUCGUUUUUGCUCUUCCUGGGCCAGCCGGCGUCAUCGGCGCGGGACACCAAAGUGACGGGCUUCUGCCGGAUCAUCAGCGAGUUCGCGCUGGAGUACCGCACCACCAGAGAGAGGGCGCUCACCCUCAAACGCAAGCGAGAGAAACACCGAGAGAGGACCAAAACGCGAGGGAAGAUGAUCACAGAGACUGAGAAGUUCUCAGGAGCGGUGCCGCGGUCUGACAGCCCCGCCCCCGUUUCCGCAGAGGAGGAGCACCGGAGUAUGACCCUGAUGCUGACCGAAGACGGACCCACGUCGAGACGCUCUCGCGCCGCCCGUGGUAAGACACCUUCCGACAAUAUUUCGAAGGAGCGCGCUAACCGCACGCUAACCGCCACGGCAGCUUCGUCCGGUCCGGCCGACCGGUCUUCGUCGCCUCGGGACGAAGACGCCUCGGACGACAUCAUGGAGCGUCUGGUCAAGUCGGUCACCCGCGACCCCGAGGCCAGGGCGUCCAGUCCUAAAAACAGGAAGCGCUCCCGGCUCAACAGGAAGUCUAUCGGGGCUCGAGUUGAUACCUCACAAGUGGAGCCGGGUCUCGAGUUGAUACCUCACAAGUGGAGCCGGGUCUCGGGUCGUUGCCUCACGAGUGGAACCGGGUCUCGGGUCGUUGCCUCACGAGUGGAACCGGGUCUCGGGUCGUUGCCUCACGAGUGGAACCGGGUCUCGGGUCGUUGCGUCACGAGUGGAACCGGGUCUCGGGUCGUUGCGUCACGAGUGGAACCGGGUCUCGGGUCGUUGCGUCACGAGUGGAACCGGGUCUCGGGUCGUUGCGUCACGAGUGGAACCGGGUCUCGGGUCGUUGCGUCACGAGUGGAACCGGGUCUCGGGUCGUUGCGUCACGAGUGGAACCGGGUCUCGGGUCGUUGCGUCACGAGUGGAACCGGGUCUCGAGUCGUUGCCUCACGAGUGGAACCGGGUCUCGAGUCGUUGCCUCACGAGUGGAACCGGGUCUCGAGUCGUUGCCUCACGAGUGGAGCCUCGAGUCGCGAGCCGUUGCCUUACAAGUGGAGCCGGCUCUCGAGUCUGUGCCUCAAGAGUGAAGAGGGGCUUGGAGUUGUUGCCUCACGUGUCGUUCCGGCUCUCGAGUUGUUGCCUCACAAGUGGAGACGGCUCCUGAGUCGUUCCCUCAUGAGUGGAGCCUCGAGUCUCGGGUCGUUGCCUCACGAGUGGAACCGGGUCUCGGGUCGUUGCCUCAUGAGUGGACCCGGGUCUCGGGUCGUUGCCUCACGAGUGGAACCGGGUCUCGGGUCGUUGCCUCACGAGUGGAACCGGGUCUCGGGUCGUUGCCUCACGAGUGGAACCGGGUCUCGGGUCGUUGCGUCACGAGUGGAACCGGGUCUCGGGUCGUUGCCUCACGAGUGGAGCCUCGAGUCGCGAGCCGUUGCCUUACAAGUGGAGCCGGCUCUCGAGUCUGUGCCUCAAGAGUGA